AUGGAGAUCGAGAGAGUCCAAGACAUCUCAUCUUCGUCUCUACUAACGGAAGCUAUCCCGUUGGAGUUCAUCAGAUCAGAGAAGGAACAGCCCGCGAUCACAACUUUCCGAGGUCCGGCUCCGGCGAUUCCCGUCGUCGACCUCAGCGAUACCGACGAGGAGAGCGUCGCGCGCGCGGUGGUGAAGGCGAGUGAAGAAUGGGGGAUUUUCCAGGUGGUCAACCACGGGAUUCCGACGGAGCUGAUACGGCGGUUGCAGGAAGUCGGGAGAACGUUCUUCGAGCUUCCUUCGUCGGAGAAAGAGUCCGUCGCGAAACCGGAGGUUGCUAAAGACAUCGAAGGAUACGGAACGAAGCUGCAGAAAGAUCUAGAAGGCAAAAAAGCAUGGGUCGAUCAUCUCUUCCACCGAGUCUGGCCACCGUCGUGCGUUAACUACAGAUUCUGGCCUACGAAUCCACCUGAGUACAGGUAA